GCCGGCCUUGUAGAUCGAGCUUGAGGAUGGGAAGAUCCAAGGAAGUGUCAUUAACAACAUGUCGAAAGGAUCUUUUGAGGCAGCGAUCGCUGAUCUGGAGAAGACCACAGGACCUCCCGAAGCCCUCUCAAGAGCAGCAGCCAAAUGUCUAGGGAUUGACCUUGAGGGAUAUAUCGGGAGAUCUUCUGUGGAGGUGCUCUCCCGAACCGCUCGUACAGACUCUGGCUUCAAAGAGCAAUGGGUAUUACGCUGGUUGCUGAAGAAAUUGAGCUCUCCAACGGCGAUAGCGAGUUUCUCCCGUUGCCCACACUUCUGGUCCCUCCUGCUUAAUUUGACAAAUGCCAUACCGAGCGAGGUAUGCCUGGACAUACUGCUGGAGCGAAAGUUCUUUCGGACGCUCAUUGAACUGGUUCGAGGCUUCCUCAACUCCGGUCAACCUUCGGCAAAUCAUGCCACAAAGUCGGAUGCAGACGUCGAUGCGUCUCCGCCACCACAGAAGAAGCGACGAUUAAGUCCCACCUCGGAACUUCGAGCUGCAGUUGGGAUUAUCAAUGAUGGGAAGCUUCCGUGGAUCCUGCUACAAUCUGUCUGUCAAUGCGUCCGGCUCCUCGAUGCGGCAUCCUUCCGCCAUACCACCCGGACUGUGCAGUCGUCUUUGUCGUCGAAUUUGGGGCCAGAGGAUCUAGCAGCCCUCCUUGGAUGUGCCCUUCAGGUUGUUAUCACUCUCAUGCAGAAUGACCCAGGAAAAGCGGAGCAGAGACUGGUGACGGAAACACUCACGAUCAUAUUGUCCUUAUGGAAAGGAGACUCCGCAUCAUCGGUGACUGAAGGCGACAGUCUUAACCGAGCAUUUUCUUCGCACUGCCUCACGCCGGUUCUGACUCUCCUUGAUCUGCUCCGAAGCUUCAAAUUCAAUAACCCGUCCGCCAUCUCAUCAAACCAGACCCUUGAGCGUCUUGUGGCCAUCCAUGUUGUCUUUCCGGCUCGCUCGACGUUCAACGAAAAGGACGCCAGGAAAUGGAAGCAUGUCCAUGACGUCCUCUUAUAUGAGCAACUGGAAGCCAUGCUCCAGGGAGUCAAGAAACGCAUGCUUCUGGACGAACAAGCACAACAAGAUAACGGAUCCCUGGGCUUGAGCUGGAUGAUCUUUGACAUAGCUGUGCGUUCAACGCCAUUUACUGAUUUCCGCCGACGCCAGGCCGAACAACCAUGGCUUGAUGCGCUUUUCGUAUGCCUUGCUCACCUCAUCUGGCCUGACAUGCCACGGAUCACAUCCACCGGUGUGGUACAGAACCCGAUCGCGACAAAUAUCAGCCAGGAAACCUUCUUCGUAACGCUAGAGCGAUUGAUCGAUACUGCUUUGGCACGAAAACUGCGCAUAUCAUUGCCAGUGCUCGGCUACUUUUUAUCUGCGAUACUCGCCGCGAACCAAGAAUCAGCGCCAUGGACCCUACUGGUCAAGCUUGUUCGGCUAGACGUGGAUGCCUUGAUUCCAGGGAGUGGUCUUUCGAAGUCUGAGGAGCUAUUGAAACAGCUCCUUGACAGACUUCAAGCGAGCACUGUACCAAUAAGCCUAUAUGAUACCAUGCGCAAUGAUCUCAUCGUUCCGCUACUACGUGGCUUUGCUCGCGCAAGGAACCUAACUGGAUUUAUGGUUAUUUGGCAGCAGGGUCUUGCAGAUGCCAUCCGUACACGCUACACCUCAAAAUACGAGCCGGAACUUAUCCCGGCGGUGCUCGUAUGGGAAGACGAUGAUGUGCUUGAUGAGUUCAAAGAUCUCGCCUUGACGCUGGCACCGCGAAGUAUGGGAGGGCGCCUUCUAGACGAUCUUGUCGGAGCCUUUAGCAAGCUUGCCGAAACAGUUGGAUCAACUGCAGAUCUCUUCGCAAAAUUGGCACUCUUUUCUGCGUUGCUGGAGAGCUCCGAGGAUCCUUUGGUCGUCUGGAAACUUGAGCGCAGCCAGCUAUCUGAGCUGUUCGCUGCGACUCUGAAGGCCCUUCCUCGAAAAUCCGAUUAUCAGGCCCAGCGCUGGCGACUGUGGAAGCUCCUGCGGCAGCUUCUUCCCUGCAUAGACACUCAAACCCUUGAACAAGAUGACAAGCAACUCCUCCGAGCCGAAAACCAGUUUGUAACCCUUCGCCAGUGCAAGGAUUCGUCACCCGUCGCUGCGAGCCGCAAAAAAUCAUCAAAGUUCCUUGAAGGUUUGGAGUGCUUUUCGGUCGUCAUUGAAUUGGCCGCAAAAUCCUCUCUAUAUGAAACCCUGUUGGCGUCUCAAAUGGAUGACUUAGCGAAUCUCAUGCAAGUCAGCGACCCUUCUCAGUCUGUAAACAAUUUGCCCCUCUGGAAUGGUCGUACCUUCGAUUGUGAUACCUCAGACAAGCUGGUAGCUGCAUGCAUCGGGCGACUACUGUUGAGACCGGAAAUAUUCUCAAGAAAUCCUGACAUGUGCCGGAAAUUCACUGAUCGAUGGCUCGAGAUCUUAACACAGGCCAGACUACACGAGGGUCAAGGUGGCCGCAAAGCGUAUCUGAAGGCACUCCUUCAAGCCUUGUUGGGCAUGGAAGAAGUGCACAAUAUUCCCGAGUCGCGUCGGCUAAUCUUGCAAUAUUCUCUUGAUGAGUUAAAGUCCAGGGCGAAGGAUGCUUCCGUGGACAGAGAGCUCAUGCGGAGUGUAUUGGAUGGGUCCAUGAAGAGGGCUCAACUUAAGAAACUGGCCACUACGACCACCCAACAUUUGCUGCAGCAUUCUGGACCCAAGCGCCCCGACGCCAUCGCCUACGAUCUAGCACUGCUGAUUCAGCUUGAUAGUCUCUUGACUGGAUCUGUUUUCGAUCCAAAGGACUGGCUUGUAUGGGUCAACCUUUCAAAAGAGGUGUCAAAUCACACAGGACAGGGGCCACCAGUCUCAAUGUUGUCAGCAUUGCAAAUGCUUGACCAUAUUCUCGUGGAAAUAUGGUGCCGUGCACAGGCACCAGUACUGACUGAGAUCAUAGACUGGAUCAAAGAAGCCAUAAAGGCAUCAAAGGAUGGUCACAUAGACCAAUCGAUCUUUCUCAGCCUAAAAGUUUUUAUGGGUCGGCUCUGCAACUCGAAGAAUCCUACAGACGAGACUAUCUCGAGCGAAAAGGUCCAACAACUUCGCUCGAAGUUUCUUCGCAGUUUAAAACGCGGGCUUGAGGCACUCCUUCAGGACGGCGUCGGGCCAGCAAAGUUGAUAAUGAUUCACCUCAUCCUUCGGGCCAUCAAUCAGACGAAUGCCACUGGUCUCGAUCAAGGUAUGCAGGAGGCUGUGUUCAUGCUUCAGCAAAGACUGCAAGCUCUUGAUCAACCGCAAAGACGGUUACAAGCCACAGUCAUGGAACCUUAUCUGCAGCUCUCUGUUGAGUGUGAGUGCUCGAAGCUGAUGCCUUGGCCGGUAGACGCGUCUCUGGAUGGGAGGGUCGUAGCACAGCUUCAGGAGCUUGCAUCCACUGCAAUACAGCACGGCACUGGUGAGAACGAACAAUUGGCCUUGCUCAGCACCAAAGCAAACAUUCUUGUCAACCGAGUUGGUCCAAAGGGAUGGGCGCGUCUCCUACGAAUACUAAGAGACGAUAACCAGAGUUCUGACCUCGAGGCAUCACGUCUCAUCGCUACGGCAGCUAUUGUAUUACGUGCUGAGACUCAACAUAUUCUGCAAGACCCCAAACUUGCUGAUGAAUUGGCAAACACUGCUUGUCUUGAUGCUCCUACGCAGCAGACCGUGACCGGGCUGUUUUUGACACUGGAAAAUUGUAGAAUGGUCCUCCAACUACAUCCACUGCUGAUGAACCAAUCUACGCUGGACAAGUUGCUGGCUUCUAUAUCCAUGAUUGGGGCGUAUACGACGAAUGAAUCGCUACUUCCAGGCCACAUCAACCAGUACUGCAAGCCGCAGCCAGCAGACAUCUACGACCAGUUUUGUGCAAUAGUCGGAAUCAUUUUAGGAAGAUACCGGAGACGCUUGUCGGACCGGUAUCAUCUGUUGCUGCCAGUGAUGCAGAAACUCCUGCGUUGUCUUUUCUGGCCCGGCACUGAGAUAUUGCAGGAUCGACAGCGUCCUGUUCUCACCAGUACCCUCGGCACGUUCAAAGAGACUCUACCGAAGUGGUUGCAUGAAUCUACAGGACCCUUGCCGCCGUCGUCGGCAGAAAAGUUCUCUCGUCUUCUAUCGUCAAUCUGCAACCCCACAGUGGCAGCAGCACGAUCAUCGAAGAGACGACGCCACAACGAACUCAACGAUGAGACGAUAAAAGCCCGACAAUUGGCGGGCCAGCACAUGCAGUAUCUCAUCACAGAAUACGCUCGAUGUACGCUCGAUGGGCAGAUAACGCCGUCAGUCAAAGAGCGGUUGAUGCCGGGUAUGUACGUUGUCAUUGACUCGAUGGACAGAGAGCUUUUGAGAGCAGUCAAUGCCGGAAUGGAUCCUAGCAGUCGAGCUAUCUUCAAGGGCCUUUACGAGGACUGGACCAGGUUUGGAAAGUGGGAUAGGAGUUAGAGUGGUGCAUCGAGCAUGGAAAGAAUCAUGGUCACGCAUUCCUCAAAUGUGUCCCACGCGUCACCGCCACAAAGUACGAUGACCAGACAUAGCUUACGGUCUGGAGCAUGAUAGACUUCGCUCUUCUCCCGUGUCACUCUUUUGCUGGAAUGCAUGUGGCCAUUCUUAGCGUGGAGCAACCGCUUCAUCAUUCGCACGGAAAGCUUCAAGUCCUUUUUUUUCUUCUUCUUUUG